UCUAUAUAUAUUUGCAUUGUGCAAAUGUUUGUUCACUUAUGGACAGGUUAGAUUUGUGCAAUUCAACUUAAAUUUCUUUCAAUAUAACAAUAUAGUAGAAGAAUUUAGAAUUUUCACGUUUUUACGGAUGAUGGAGGAGGUUGACAAUAUAAUAAUUCACUCAUUGCGUCAAAUAGGCUGAAACAAUAAAAAAGUUACAAUAAAAUUUGAAUAAAAAAUAAAUGAUAUUAAUUAUUUAAGAUAUUACAAGUCUUUACAAUUGUUAAAUAAUUGCAAAAAUAUGUGAUAAUUUAUAAACUAAUUUGACAUAGAAGAAAAUAUAACAAAUCUUAGUGGUUUUAACACAGAAUUAAUUAUAAAAGCAACAGUAAAAUGUUUGGAUAUAAUAAGACCAGGCCUUGGAUUAUCAACAGUUUUACCUAUAAAUAUGGCAGCCAGAUUUCGAUUGGGUGCUACACUUGCUCAAGCAUGUUUAGAAUUAGGAUACAAAGCUGAUGUUGGUUAUCAAACGUUUUUAUAUAGUUCAGAAACAGAUCUACGAAAAGUUUUUAUGUUUCUUAUUGAAAAAUUACCAAAAGAAAGUGAUAAAUCUUUAAGUGAACCUGUUAGUAAUAUUGUGUUAUUAGAAAAAUCUAUAUCAAGAGCAAUAGCACAGAGUCUUUCUGCUCCGUGGUUACCACAUUAUUGUCAUACAAAAGGAUUUAGAAAUAAAGGAAGAGCAAGAAUUCCAUAUAAAUCUGUAAAUUUAGAAGUUUCAACAGUAAGGAAGGAAGAAAAUAAAGAAGAAUAUCAAGAUUAUUGUAUACAUUAUUUGCAAUCUGUGCCUGAACAAAUGCAAAAUGAAAUGACACUUCUACCAUCUUUGAUAUCCUACAAUGCAAGAGCUCUCCAUUCACAUUCAAUGAGUAUUCUUGAUCAAAUAAAUUGGUUAAAUGAACAAUAUUGUGAUAAAAUUACUGAAGUUAAUGAAUCUAGUGACAUUAAUAUUUUAAAUAGAGUCUCAAUACAAGACAAAACAUUACCUUCUAAUGAACUUCAUAUGGAAACUAAUAGUGUUAAAGAAACUAAACUUAUAAAACAAAAAAUAAUAGAUAAAACGGAAAAACAAGACUUACAAAUAGAAAAAAUAAAAACAGAAUGUGAAACUAUUAGAAAAGAUAUAGAAGAAUUACAAGUUGCAAUCAAAAACUUAACAACCAGUGUAACACAAGCAACAAUAAAUUAUCAAAAUGAGGAAAAAAAAUUAACAAUCAAUGAAGAACAAAAAAAGAUUAAAGCAAGAAUUUAUGAUCUCUUUCAAGAUGGUGAAGAGAAUAUUAAAAAACUAGAAGCAGCUAUUGAAAUUACUACAAAUAAAUUAAUUAAUUUAGGUAUUCAAUGGGAAAAACAUAGAAUACCUCUAAUUCAAAAAUACAGACAAGAAAGAGAAAAGCAUUCUACUAAAGCUAAUGCAAGUCAAAAGAAACUUGAUGAUAUUAAGUUAUUAAAAGAAAAGGAAAGGGAAUUACAAGAAGAAUGUCGCAAUAAAGAUCAACAAUACUCACAAUUGGUAACAGAAGUUCAGAAACUUUCAAAAGAAGUGAAUAGGUCCGCAUAUACUCAACGAAUUUUAGAAAUAAUUAACAAUAUUAGAAAACAAAGAGAUGAAAUUAGUAAAGUAUUAGUUGAUACACGAGAAAUCCAAAAAGAAAUAAAUACACUUACAGGCAGAUUAGAAAGAUCCUUUACUGUUGCUGAUGAAUUAAUAUUUCGAGAUGCAAGAACAAAUGAAGCAUCAAGAAAAGCUUAUAAAUUAUUAGCUACACUUCAUUCUGAUUGUAGUGAACUUGUAAAUUUAGUAGAAGAAACGGGUGCAACUAUAAGAGAAAUAAGAGAUUUAGAAGAACAGAUUGAUUCUGAAGCUACAAAAAAUAUUGGAGCAAAUUUAGAAAGGAUAACUGCUGAUUUGAAACAAAUGAAACAAGAAACAGCAGAAUUAACAGCACAAUUACAAAAUAAAAAUUCGUGAUUUUGAUAUAAUCUGUGAUAUUACAAUAUAUUAUUUAUAACAACGACCAGGACAUUCCAUAUAAAUAUAUGAAUGAAUAUAUUACAAAGACUAAAUUUUAUAGUUAUGCAAAAUUUAAUAUAUUGCUGCUUAUAAAACAGUCUUUGUAAAUUUAAGAAUAAUUAUUAAAUGUGUGCCUUGGCCCAAAGUAAUAUAAUGUUAAUUUUAUUUAUAAAAGGGCCAAGUUUGUGACAAAUUCAAUAUCAAUAUAUGCUCAAAUGGAACAUUAUUUGUUACAGAGCCUAAUAAUUUUUUAGUAUAUAAACUUUAAUUGUACAGUUAACUUUCAUAUUUAUACGAAGUAAGUAACUUAGAAUUAUCUAUUAUAAAUUUAUGUAAUGAACAUUUAAGGAAAUACUUUUAAGUUAUGAUGUACAAAAUACAAAAAAUUGAGUAAAAAUAUAUAUUUUUGAUUCUUA